CUGCUCAGCCCGGCGUCCGGCCCCGCGCCCGCCAGCCUCGGCCUCGGCCUGGGACUCGGGCUGGACAUGCAGCGCCAGAGAAGGCGAGUCGCCUCCCAGCGCUGCUCUCUCGAGUUCCUGGAAGAUGCUGUGGGAUGUGCCUCAGUUCAAAGAACCAAACACAUAUCCGGAUCCCCAAGACACAAAGGCCUGAAGAAGACUCACUUCAUCAAGAACAUGAGGCAGUAUGAUACAAGGAACAGCAGGAUCGUGCUCAUCUGCGCCAGGCGGUCCUUGUGUGCGGCCUUCUCAGUGCUGCCCUAUGGAGAAGGCCUGCGGGUCAGUGACCUCAGGGUGGACAGCCAGAAGCAGAGGCACCCCUCCGGUGGCGUCUCCGUGUCUUCUGAGAUGGUCUUUGAGUUGGAAGGCGUCGAGCUGGGAGCAGAUGGGAAGGUGGUGUCUUAUGCCAAGUUCCUGUACCCUACCAAUGCCCUGGUCACACACAAGACGGACAGCCACGGCCUGCCGCCCCAGCCCCGGCCCAGCGUCCCCCGCGCUCUGCCAGGCUCAAGAUACAAACCAGCCCCGGCCAAGUCAGCGCCAGCCGGCACGGAGCUAGGGAGUGACGCAGGGGAUGCGCUGGAGUAUAACCCCAACCUCCUGGACGACCCACAGUGGCCCUGCGGCAAGCACAAGCGGGUCCUCAUCUUCGCCUCUUACAUGACCACGGUGAUAGAGUAUGUGAAGCCCUCUGACCUCAAGAAGGACAUGAACGAGACUUUCCGAGAGAAGUUCCCGCACAUCAAACUGACACUGAGCAAGAUCCGGAGUUUAAAGCGGGAGAUGCGGAACCUUUCUGAGGAGUGCAGCCUGGAGCCCGUGACGGUGUCCAUGGCCUACGUGUACUUUGAGAAGCUCGUCCUGCAGGGCAAACUCAACAAGCAAAACCGCAAGCUGUGCGCCGGGGCGUGCGUGCUGCUCGCUGCCAAGAUCAGCAGCGACCUCCGCAGGAGUGAAGUGAAGCAGCUCAUCGACGUGAGUGUGCCUGUCCCGCCCCAGCCUGGCCUGCAGCCCCCCCACCCCCCAACAAGGCCUGGCCACCUGCGGGGAGCCUGUGGGGAACCUGGAGCCGGCCUGCACCCACACCCCAACCCGCUGCCCUGGGUGGGAGACGGGGCCCGGGCCCCGCAUAAUCUCCUCGCUUUUUCAACGCAGAAGCUAGAAGAAAGGUUUCGAUUCAACAGACGGGAUCUAAUUGGGUUCGAGUUCACGGUGCUGGUGGCCUUGGAACUCGCGCUCUACCUUCCCGAGAGCCAGGUGUUACCUCAUUACCGACGCCUCACGCAGCAGUUCUAGCCGAGGCCGGCCUCCGCAUGCUGGGAGGCUGGCCUCCGCUGCCGAGACAGCCCUGGUGCAGGCACUCACACGCGGGCCGGGGAGGUGUUCUCAGGCACUGCAGGGCACGCCCACAGGUCCCCACUUCAGCACCCACCUGGCGGGGACCCACCUGCCCUCUGUGACCGACAACCCUGUCUGCACACCCUUGCGUCCUUGGAGGGACACUGCUUUCGUUCCAAAGCACACCAUGCCCAUGGUAUUCCUGAGAGCCUGCUUGCAUUUUCACAGGAACGAGGUGGGAGGUUUUGUGUUCUUUUCCAUGUGCCUGAGAGCAGGCUGCAUGGGGACCCUGGCUUACCUCGUGCAGUCAUCCCAGCUCUGCAGCGUCCCUCUCCCUUGCGUCUUCCGCAAACCACAGCUGCUGCGCGAGCAUCUCAGUGAAGAUCUGGGUUUCCAGACCAUACCUGACACUGAAAUUGCUGAAGUUAACGUAACGAAGCAUUAGUCUUGGCUAUUACAGGUUUUCGGAUGUGGAGACGCGGCACUGCACCCCCACGGCUUGGCUCGCUCCCAGCCCAGCAGCGCCCCCCCUGGGGAUGCCCAUCUGGCUCCCCUGUGUUCACAGGCAGAGCUCUGGCGUUAGGUUAAGUCAACCAGAGCAGACUCCGGUUUAUCUCAUUCGUUACUCUUCCGAGCAUCCUGUCACUGUGAAAUCUGGUGCCCAAGUGUCGCACAGCCUGGCGGGCCUCGGCGCAGACACUGGUCCGCCCCUGGGGGACCCGCCCCUCACCUCUCACCGGGAAACCCUGCUCACCUGCGACACUCUGGACUUUCAGGAUGUCUGGAUUGCUUGCUCUUGGCUCUUUAUCUUCCUAAGCAAUAUUGUAAUGGAGAAAAACAGCGUUAUUUAUUGUUACUUGGGAUUUGGUUCUAUGGGUCUUUUUAAGGGAACAAAAACUGGUUACAUGAGAUCUGUUGAAGUUGACUUGAAACCACACUUGAUCCUCAAGCAGGCAGGACACAGGCUCCUCCACGGCCCUGCACCCCAUGGCACCACCUCCCUAAAGGGGUCGGUGCUCACAGUUUCUUCCCAGGCAGGAGGGAGCAGCAGUCCCCGCUGUUGUGAAAGGAGCCCAAGGGAUAGUGGCCGUCGCCUGUGCCCCACGUGCCAACAGGGCCCCUGUUCUGCUUUCCCAGGUCUGCGUGUCCGUUCCGCACGCUCUGUGACCUGGUUCUCCAGCGUGCUGCCCCACCAAACACUGAAGAACUGAGGAGUUUCUCCCCUUGGGUCAGCUGCUGUCAAAAAUGACCAUGUUGGCCGGGCCAUUUAGCUGCUUCCCUACUGUUGUCCUAUGAACCUGUCACAGGGCCCCGGCUACAGCCCUGCCUGUACUCGUGUGUGGACCGGUGCUUCUGCAAAAAGGAGACCCCAGUUCUCAUCACAAGCACUCAGGCACCAGCAACUCCACCCAGACCCCAGCAUCUGUGUCUGCCCAAGGCCAGCCAUUCCUUCCUGGGGUGAGGGGAGACUGCAGCAUGGAGGUCAAAGCCCAAGUCCAUAUUCCAAGCUUAUUUAUUGUGGAAUACCGCCCUGUCCUCUCCAACGUGGCCCCUUAAACCACACGUACCCAAGGUGAAGGUGGAAGUUUCCUUCUGGAUAGCAACCUGUCCCACCCCGUGUCUCAAGGAUAUUUUUAGGUUACAAGUACUGCAAGGGACCGACCCCAAGUGUACAUCCCGGUCCACAGCUUCACCUCAGAAAAGGGCACGUGUCCUUGGCAUUUCCGUGCAGACCUUAGAACAGCUGAGACGACCGGAGUUCACGUAUUCACAUACAACCCAUAGCUUCUCCCUUGGUGUGUCCUCGUGUCAUCCGUGCAGAAAGCUGCUCUUGUGUGGUGUUCAGCUGUCACCGCAGCAAAGCCAGUAUUGAAGCCAAACUUCAGCCUGAACCCCUCAUUCUCUGGAACAAGCCCAGACGUUGUGAGACCUGUCUGAGGGCCUAACACGGCUCUCGGCACUUGGUAGCAGCUGUCGACUGAAAAGUGCGCUACACGACUAUCUGACCUCAUUGUCCAGUCACAUGUGGUGAUUUGUUUGCAAAUGGUAAUGUAUUUGUGGUUCGAAGUAAAA